UGCAGGGGGGCCGCCCUCCGCUCCGCUCCUCCGGUAGCGGCGGCGGUGGGGCCGCGGCAUGAGCCCGGCGGUGCGGGAGGCGAGCUGCGCGGCGCGGCCCCGCACAGGGGGCGGGCGGCGGCUCCUCUGUCUCCCCGAGGACGGGGCGCGGCCGCUCGUCCUACCGUGCAGCCAUGAGCGCGGGUUCGAUUGAGCAAGAGCCAUCGCGCAAGCUGGCCUGCUGCGGGGUGCCCCUCAUCACUGAGGACAUGCAGUCCCUGGCCAUCCGCACCCUCUCAGGCACCGACAUCAGCAAGCACUACGACCUCAUCCGUGAGCUUGGCAAGGGCACCUAUGGCAAGGUGGACCUGGUGUCCCACAAAAGCACAGGCACCAAGAUGGCCCUGAAGUUCGUCAACAAGAGCAAGACAAAGCUGAAGAACUUCCUGCGGGAGUUCAGCAUCACCAACACACUUUCCUCCAGCCCCUUCAUCAUCAAGGUCUUUGACGUGGUCUUCGAGACUGAGGACUGCUAUGUCUUCGCUCAGGAGUAUGCCCCUGGCGGGGACCUCUUUGACAUCAUUCCGCCACAGGUGGGGCUCCCCGAGGAGCUGGUGAAGCGCUGUGUGCAGCAGCUGGGCCUGGCCCUUGACUACAUGCACAGCAAGAGCCUGGUGCACCGGGACAUCAAACCGGAGAACGUCCUGCUCUUCGACCGUGACUGCCGCCGCGUCAAACUGGCUGACUUUGGCAUGACCCGCAAGGUGGGCUGCCGGGUCAAGCGCAUCAGUGGUACCAUCCCCUACACGGCGCCCGAGGUCUGCCAAGCCGGCCGGGCAGAGGGCUUCACUGUGGACACCAGCAUCGAUGUCUGGGCUUUUGGGGUGCUCAUCUUCUGUGUCCUCACCGGUAACUUCCCCUGGGAGGCCGCGGCAGCUUCCGACGCCUUCUUUGAGGAGUUUGUACGGUGGCAGAAGGGGCGGCUGGGGGGGCUGCCCUCGCAGUGGCGGCGCUUCACGGACAGCGCCCUGCGCAUGUUCCAGCGCUUGCUGGCCCUCGACCCCGAGAAGCGCUGUCCUGUCAAGGAGGUCUUCUACUUCAUCAAGUGUGACCUGAUGGCCGAGGUGCGACGCCGACCCUCCUACCGCUCCCGCAAGCACGCCGGGGACAAGCUCCCGGCCGGUCCCCAUCGCCACGAGGCAGCCGGCUCCUGCACCCCUGCCCCGCUCAAGAGGACUGUCCUGACUGAAGGGAGCGGAUCCCACGGCUCUGAGCCAAGCGUGGCCCCCCCGGGGACGGCGAGCAGGACAGAUGGACGGCAGGACAAAGGCAAAGGGCAGAUGGUCCUGGCCACAGCAAUAGAGAUCUGUGUCUGACGGCGUCAGGGUGGCACGUGGUGGCCUGUCCCCCUGCCUCGGAGACAGGACUUGGGCGGGGGAGGGGUUGCUCGUGGUGGUGCUGCGAGCCAGGACCAGGCUCCAGGUCUCCCAAAGCAAAAAAUAGAGAAGAAACAAAAACGAAGAGGAAAAGGACAAAACUGGUUGCGCUCUGUAGCACCAAGGAUGCUGAUUCUCCCAACCCGGCUGGGUGAGGCCCGAGGCAGGAGCCCGGCCAAGGGCACCACUUGCUGCCAGGGAGGAUGUUGGUGCCCCUGGCCCCUGCCAUGGCCAUGGUGCCCCCAGCCCCUGCCACGGCCAUGCUGCCCCCUCCAAGGCUCCCACCAUGGUGGCAUGAAGAGGAGUCUCCCAAUACAGGGAGGAAGAGCCUGGGGGAGCUGUGUGGGUAGGGGCCACCGGGGCGAGGGAAGGCCGAUGACCCCGCACCGUGGAGGAGGCCUUUGAAGAGAUUUGCGUGGGAGGUGAUUUGCCCCCUUCCACAGGUCCCUGCCCUGCUGGUGGGGACUGGGAGGGGAUGGGGAGACAGGUGCUGGGCCAGUGAUGGAGAGCCAGGGGGUCGCCGGCAGCCCAGGACCCCUGCCUCCCUGCUGCGGGAGGUGCUGGCAGCCAUCGAUGUAGCAAGUGUCCGUCUGUGUGUCAUUGUGCGUCCCUGCCACUGGCAGCCCCCGUCCCCCUGCCCUGCUCUGCUGGGCAGCUGUGUACCAGCCCCAGACCCCUGGCUGGAGGGACUGGUCUCCUCCCAGCCGGGAGCUGUGCUCCAGGCUCGGGCUGGUGGUCGCAGUGCCAGCUGUCGAAUGGGUUGGAAGCUCGGGGACGGGCUGGCUUUGCCAUUGUGGCGUCCCCUUGUCCCCUCUGCCGACUUUUUGUACCCAGGGACUGGAAAAGGUGGUGGUGGCACAUCUCCAGGGCAGGACCUGAGGAGCAGGUGAGGGGUCUUCAAGUGGCCUCCUGAAGGUCCCCAUGGCUCUCUGUGCUGGCCCCAUCACCCUCCUUGCUGUCACUCCUUCCCCAAACCCUGGUUCCUCUUGCCUGGGGGUGGCGGGGAGGAGGCAGUGGGGUAAAUCGCCCCAGGGCUGGCUGCAGCGAGGGGAGGUGGUGGUGGUGGCAGGAGCCGCUGGUGGCCCCUUAGUGACAAGGUCAUGGGCUGGGGGGGGGUCACAACCCCCCCUCCUGGUUUUGGCACCCAGGGCAGCAGGGGUUCACCCCACUGCUGGGUUGGGGAGGCUGGGGGACACCCCAAGGCAGCAGCACCCAAGCCCUGGCACGGUUUGGGCUUCCCUCCCAUUGGGUGGGCACCGUGGGGACCCCCCUUGUCCCCACAAUUCCUCCACAAAGGGCUAUAACGCUAUUUCAGCAGCAGCAGCAGCAGUUUACACAGGAGGCGGGCACCUGGCUGGACCCCCCGCCACCGCCGCUGCCCCCCCGUCCCCGUGGCACCCACCCCUGCCCGCUGCCCGCCCGCCAUGCCAGGGCCGAGGGCUGGUUUUAGAAGUAGCAUUGCCCCGAUGUAGAGAUGCUAGGCGUGGUUUUUUCUCCUUUUUGCCUUAGGUCCCUCAAUGUCCUCAAUCUUUCGUGCAAUAAUGUAGAUAAGGGAUCCCGACUGCCCCCAGGAGGGCUUGGUUGUACCUCUCCAGGCAGUCUGUCACGCAGCGGGGUGCCUGGGUGUGAUUUCUGUUCCCGUCAAGGUUGCUGUGUUGGUAGGUUGUUGGGUUUUUAUUUCCAAUUCCCUUGGCUGUUGGGUUUCGGACCUUCUUCCCGUAGGAGAGGCUGUAGUGUCACAGAUGUUACCUCAGUUUGUCACUGUUGAAAAUUAUAAAAAAAUCUCAAACCCUAAAACCGUAAAAAAAUUACAAAAUACAUAGUUAUAAAAGCAACAAAAAAAAUCUCAAUGGCAAAGACUUUU